GGUUAUUGCUUUUAGUUUCCAAAAAUCUGAUAUUUACCACUAAUCAUUCCACAAAAUGUAUAUCAAUCCCUAAUCCAAUCCAUCUAGAUUUAUGCAGUCGUUUUCAUUUCUCUUUUCAUUAUGCGCGAUUAUUGGAACAUAAUUUUGAGGCCUUAACUUUGCUGUUACAGUAUUUAAUGGCGUCACCACCCGAACCGGAUAGCACCACUGAUCAUUUCAAUUCUGUAACUUCAGACAGUGAAACAGGAACUGUUGCCUUUACAGAAGAGCCAGAGGAACCAUUGCUUGUGUCUGUAGACCGUGCCACACACACUGUUGUAUUUAAACAAGAGCCAGAGGAACCAUUGUCUGUUGAUACAGACUCAUCAGGCUCAGAGUUUGAGGGGCUCCCACGAUACGCUCCACGCCCUGGCCAACGCAGGAGACUCUUUUAUUCAAGAGAGUUUGAUUCCCUGUUGAGACACCACUUUCAAAGAGAUUUGAAAGAAAAAUUCAUAACAUACAGGCGAUUAAUACACGUUCUGAAAAAAACCCCAGAGCUAGUGGAGGAGGCCAGACGUCUCCAUCUGACAACAGAGAAUAUAAGAAGUCGGCUGAGGAAGCUGGCUUUCCGUUACGAAGAAGUUAUUCGUAAGGAUGCCUGGGUUUGAGAAUAUGUAUCGGGCCUCCACCUCCAGUUUGCAAAGAAAGCCAAAAAAAAGUGCACCGUGCCCUCUCUGUGGCGUCUCCUUCCGAAAUGUCCGCCAACAUCUUAUAAAGCUCCAUAAAGUACUCAACAAAAUGGAGCUCAGGAUCUUGCUGCAGUACACAUCUGGCACGUAUAAUGGCCUCAAUGAUUGCCCUAUCUGCAAAAGGUCUAACUUUGUGCGUUUAGAUAAACACAUGAAACUAUGCCAUUCAGAUAUGACAGAAGUGCAGCAGAAGGAACUUCUUACGAAAGCUAAAAAACAGACAAAUCUUUUGGAUCUGAAAACAUUACGGGCCAAAAAUCCAUCCCCUCCCUUGGUUAGUACCCUCGAUGUGGAGAUGUUGGCCGAGUCAGAUGAUGAAACAAGCUCCCCUCAGCAAUCGAUUAUGGCACAGAAGGACGUCAUUACACACCAGGUUGCUCCCCACCAAGGACCAGAGGAAGGAGACACCAGAGAGAGGGAGGACACUGCUCCAACCACACAACCAAACUGCAAGGGCUGCAAGGUACAGAAAGCAGUUGUCAAACAACUGAAAGAAGAGAUAAACACAUUAAAAAAUAAAAACCCAUUCCCCCUGCGGAGAAAAUAUGAGAGAAGGAAUACUGUACAGACAGAACUUCCAGUUUUUGAAAAAGUCCUUCAGACCUGGCUUAAUCAUAUUGAAGGCGUCACGUAUCGCCAGAACGAGAACGCACGCCAGAGAGUCACACGUGUGCGAUCCUGGUUGGCUUACAUGAGUGAUGGAGGGGUGCCAACCAUGGAUUUUGCUUUCUUAUCAGACCCCAGCAAGCUUAUAAACUGGGCGCACUCUUUGAGGAAUUUUGCUGUAACAACACAAAGAAUAUACAUAAGCGAUGUGAGGUCUUUCCUGAAAUUUCUCCUUGAAGCACGACUGGACACUGUGAGAGCCUCUAAAAAGAAAUUGAAGGGGGCAAUUUUCAGCCUAGACAGGCUUCGGAGGAAACUAACGAGCAGGCUUGUUGUACACAAACAAGCUGUUAAGGCCAAAAAAUCAAAAAACAUUCUGGAUGCAGUACACAUACAGACCUUCCUGGAAAAGGCUAGACGAGCAAUACCGAAUGCUUUAGUCACUCUGGAGCAAAAUCCCCUGCCACAAAACCUUUACCACCUAUUUGGCCUGUUGUCAGGGUUCAUAAUUUGCCUGACAGGGCACCGUAGGGGAGUCUUGUUGGGAAUGGAGGCAGAAGAAGUCCACGCUGCACCUAAAGACAAAAAUGGACGUCGAGUUAUUAUGGUGGCAAAACACAAAACAUCCUCAAAAUAUGGCCAUGCCCUUGUCCCUUUGGAAAAGGAGGAAUAUGUCUGGUUUGCCAGGUUUUUAUAUCAUAGGCACAAAUAUCCCAUGGGCGAGUCCAAAUUGUUUUUUGCAAACACAAAUGGGGGUCCAUUCUCCCGCUUAGCAGGCACUUUCCAGGAGUGCUGGAAGGAGUUUGGGCUGCCAGGAAAACCAACAUUUGGCCUCAUACGAACAAGCAUCAGCACCUAUGUUGGCCGUGAACUGGAUUACAAGCAGAAGGAGCAGGUACGGCGACUCAUGUGUCACAGCACAGCAGUUGCUGAGGUGUUUUAUGAAGCCAACCAAAACCUGACAGAUGCUUUCAAGUCCCGCCGGGCCACGGCAACAGCUGUCCAGAAGCAGACCAACAAUCCUAGGGAAGGAAGGGAGGAAGAUGAGGACAUGCACAGAAGUAAGAAAAGAUGCAUCUCCAAGACACGCAUGAGAAAUUACAAAGGUGACAAGAAAUAUCCCGAAAGUGACAUCAAGGACACCAGUACUGAAGACAGUGAUGACACCACAGAAAAAACAGAGGAGGAGGAUGAGGACAGAAUAAGGAGGAAGGCUGCUGGCAAGACAGAUGACAAACGUGACAAGAAAUAUCCUAAAAGAGAGACCAAAAGCACCAGUGUUGACAGCAGUGAUGACACCACAGAAGAAACAGAGGAGGAGGAUGAUGAGGACAGAAUAAGCAGGAAAGUUUCUGGCAAGACAGAUGACAAACGUGACAAGAAAUAUCCUAAAAGAGAGACCGAAGGCACCAGUGUUGACAGCAGUGAUGACACCACAGAAGAAACAGAGGAGGAGGAUGAUGAGGACAGAAUAAGCAGGAAAGUUUCUGGCAAGACAGAUGACAAACGUGACAAGAAAUAUCCUAAAAGAGAGACCAAAAGCACCAGUGUUGACAGCAGUGAUGACACCACAGAAGAAACGGAGGAGGAGGAUGAUGAGGACAGAAUAAGCAGGAAAGUUUCUGGCAAGACAGAUGACAAACGUGACAAGAAAUAUCCUAAAAGAGAGACCAAAAGCACCAGUGUUGACAGCAGUGAUGACACCACAGAAGAAACGGAGGAGGAGGAUGAUGAGGACAGAAUAAGCAGGAAAGUUUCUGGCAAGACAGAUGACAAACGUGACAAGAAAUAUCCUAAAAGAGAGACCAAAAGCACCAGUGUUGACAGCAGUGAUGACACCACAGAAGAAACGGAGGAGGAGGAGGAUGAGGACAGAAUAAGCAGGAAAGUUUCUGGCAAGACAGAUGACAAACGUGACAAGAAAUAUCCUAAAAGAGAGACCAAAAGCACCAGUGUUGACAGCAGUGAUGACACCACAGAAGAAACGGAGGAGGAGGAUGAUGAGGACAGAAUAAGCAGGAAAGUUUCUGGCAAGACAGAUGACAAACGUGACGAGAAAUAUCCUAAAAGAGAGACCGAAGGCACCAGUGUUGACAGCAGUGAUGACACCACAGAAGAAACGGAGGAGGAGGAUGAUGAGGACAGAAUAAGCAGGAAAGUUUCUGGCAAGACAGAUGACAAACGUGACAAGAAAUAUCCUAAAAGAAAGACCGAAGGCACCAGUGAUGACACCACAGAAGAAACAGAGGACAGGAUAAGGAGGAAAG